AGCGCAAUGCCUGUUGUCUGGACAAGGUCCAGUACACACUAGGGGACGCAGCUUGCUUGCUGAUUAGAUAGACUAGCUCACGCAGAUAGAAGGAGACCCCAUAACUUUUUUUUUCCCAUCCCAUCCCGUCCACCACCCUUUUGGCCGUCCCGUCCCGUCCCCGACUCCCUCUUCCUUUUUUUUCUUUUCUUUCUUUUCUCCCGAGCCUCUUCGUUUUCCUCCCAUCACCAAUUUCUUUUUCUGAAAGAGGUGUGUCGAGUGUGAGUUGAACCUCAGGUCUUCUUCCACACUACCUCUACCCUCCUCUUCCUACCCUCUUUCUUCACUUCUUGGAUAUCCUCAAGAAAUAUCACCACACCCAACAAACAUGACGGUCACCACCCGCAGCCACAAGGCCGCGGCCGCCACCGAGCCCGAGGUUGUCAGCACCGGCGUUGACGCCGUCUCUGCUGCUGCUCCCUCCUCCUCCUCCUCCUCUUCCAGCCAAAAGUCGGCCGAGCCCAUCGAAUACCCCGACAUCAAGACCAUCCGCGACGCCAUCCCCGACCACUGCUUCCGCCCGCGCGUCUGGAUCUCCAUGGCCUACUUCAUCCGCGACUUCGCCAUGGCCUUUGGCCUCGGCUACCUCGCCUGGCAGUACAUCCCCCUGAUCGCCUCCACCCCGCUCCGCUACGGCGCCUGGGCUCUGUACGGCUACCUCCAGGGUCUCGUCUGCACGGGCAUCUGGAUUCUGGCGCACGAGUGCGGCCACGGCGCCUUCUCGAGGCACACGUGGUUCAACAACGUCAUGGGGUGGAUUGGCCACUCCUUCCUCUUGGUCCCUUACUUCAGCUGGAAGUUCAGCCACCAUCGCCACCAUCGCUUCACCGGCCACAUGGAGAAGGACAUGGCGUUUGUGCCUGCCACCGAGGCUGAUCGCAACCAGAGGAAGCUGGCCAACUUGUACAUGGACAAGGAGACGGCCGAGAUGUUUGAGGAUGUGCCCAUUGUCCAGCUCGUCAAGCUCAUCGCCCACCAGCUGGCCGGCUGGCAGAUGUACCUCCUCUUCAACGUCUCCGCCGGUAAGGGCAGCAAGCAGUGGGAGACUGGCAAGGGCGGCAUGGGCUGGUUGAGGGUUAGCCACUUUGAGCCUUCCUCUGCUGUGUUCCGCAACUCCGAGGCCAUCUACAUUGCCCUGUCCGAUCUUGGUCUCAUGAUCAUGGGCUAUAUCCUCUACCAGGCCGCGCAGGUUGUUGGCUGGCAGAUGGUAGGUCUGCUGUACUUCCAGCAGUACUUCUGGGUUCACCAUUGGUUGGUCGCCAUCACUUACCUCCACCACACCCACGAGGAAGUCCACCACUUUGACGCCGACUCGUGGACCUUCGUCAAGGGCGCUCUCGCCACCGUCGACCGCGAUUUUGGCUUCAUUGGCAAGCACCUCUUCCACAACAUUAUCGACCACCACGUCGUCCACCACUUGUUCCCUCGCAUCCCCUUCUACUACGCCGAAGAAGCCACCAACUCGAUCCGCCCCAUGCUCGGCCCCCUCUACCACCGCGACGACCGCUCCUUCAUGGGCCAGCUGUGGUACAACUUCACCCACUGCAAGUGGGUCGUUCCGGACCCCCAGGUCCCCGGCGCGCUUAUUUGGGCGCACACCGUUCAGAGCACCCAGUAAGCAGUUCUUUUCUGCUUCCUGGGGCACUCUGAGGAGGCUACCUACCUACCUAGGUACUCGAGUGCUGGCUGCUGCCCUGGUUUAGUGCUACCUACUUCGGUAGCUCUAACCGGUACCAGAAGAACGAUGUUGGAAAAAAGGAGGGAGAAAGACUGGAAGAAAAGGAAAACAAAGAAAUCUCAACUCUUCUUCAUGAUUGAUGGAUCUGUGCCACGUUCUGAUUGGUUCGGUCGGUCAAAAGGCGUACAUAACGGUCACCAUUGAAAGGUCUGGAUAACUCGGUACCUGGAAUUUCACAUCAAACAAGUGAUAGACGAGAGAGAGAGUCUGGUAGAAUAGAGGUAUGGUAGAUCUGGAAGCUAUUAGACUUACUAGAGCUAUAGAUAGACAAAGAGGAUAGAGCGAGGGUAUGUGUGUGUAGAGGUAGAGAUGCAUCAUAGAAGGGAGGGCAUGCAUGCAUGAUUGAAGAACCAAAAGAAUGAUACCCACCAUAAACAUCCAGAGCUUAC